GAUAUAGUUGAACAAAUUAAAGAGAAGUACAAAACCAAUGGCAAGUAAAAGUUUUAGUUGGAGUUUAGAACAACCACGCAACUACUCAUUCCCUCUUAAUUCCUAUAAGCAACCCUCUGAUCUCUUUCUCGUAAUUUGGCUAUGGAUUUCAAGAAUCCCAUCAAUGAAUACCAUCACUAUAUUUUGUCUACACUUUUAACCUUAGCUUUAAUAUGUAUUCUCUUGUUGAGCUCUUCCUCUAAGAGCAAUAAUUUUGCUUUAUUUCCAACGGGAAACUCCGUUUGUCAGCCUUCAAAAACAUUUAACAUGAAGGUGUACGGAGAUGAGCUUGAAGAAGUAUUAGCGGGAGCCUCAACGGAGAACAAGACGGUAAUUAUCGCGAUUCUGAAUAAAGCAUACGUGGAGGGAGAUAAGCCGAUGUUGGAUAUUUUCUUGGAUGGUUUCUGGCUAGGAGAAGGCACUGAUGAUUUAAUCAAACACCUUUUGAUCGUUGCGAUGGAUCAAACAUCGUACAAAAGGUGCAAGUUCCUCCAUCUUCAUUGUUACAAGCUGGAAACGGAUGGCGUAGAUUUCGUCGGAGAGAAACUGUACAUGUCAGAAGAUUUUAUAAAAAUGAUGUGGCAAAGAACCCGCUUCUUAGGCGAUGUUCUAAAGCGUGGUUAUAACUUCGUCUUCACGGACACUGAUGUGUUAUGGCUAAGAAAUCCAUUCCCAAAUUUGAGCCACAACAAAUCCAUAGAUUUGCAGAUCAGUACAGAUAGUUUCAACGGCGACCAAUGGUCCGGGGCAAAUCUCAUCAACACAGGCUUCUACAUGAUCAGAUCAAACAACAAAACUAUCACAUUGUUUGAUAAAUGGUAUGCGAAGAAAGACAAUUCCACCGGAUUAAAAGAACAGGACGUUCUGCAGAAGCUAAUACGUGAAGGAGAAUUUCGAAAUUUAGGCCUUAAAGUGCGGUUCUUGGACACUGUUUAUUUUAGCGGAUUCUGUCAAAAUAGUAAGGAUGUUAGAGCUGUAGUGACUGUUCAUUCCAACUGUUGUAGAAGAAUUAGUGCCAAAAUGGCUGACUUGACAGCAGUCAUUCAUGAUUGGAAGAGGUUUAUGAGCGCCACAGGGAAUGAGACGUCCAGGUUCCAGUGGACACCUCAUGAUCACUGUCGCAAUUCCUGGCAAAAUUGAGGAUGGCGUGAUUUUAUGUUGAGAAAUUUAAUAAUUAUGGUUACAAAUUCUUUUCAAAUUCAAUCUCGUGAUUUUGUAGCAAGGCAGUGUACCAUUGUAAAUGCAUCAUAAGAUUAAAUGUUUUCACAUACUUUGUGCAUC